AUGUCAAAAAUUGAAGUGCCAGUUAAACCGCACGUUUUUAAAGCCAUGCAGACAAUCGACACAGAAGCUCUGGCGUCUGCUUCGGAUGACGAUCUGCGGCCUGUUUUAGCAGGACUGGUCAGAAUGGCGUUGUGUGCACCGUUAGACGCAAGCGUCCACGGCAAACAGACCAGGAUGAAAAUUUUAGCCAUUCUUUCCAGACUGGAGGUUGUGAAUAGUAUUGUUGACAUGCUUUCUAUUGAUUUUCAUGCACUGGAACAAGAUGUGAAGAAAGAGCAACAACUGAGAGCCAAGCUUGGUGGUAGCAUGACUGAAAGUGUGUUGGUGUCUCAACUUCCCAAUGGACUGGUCUUGGAGUUUGAGCGUAGUUCAAGUGACCCAGCUCAGAGGAUCCGACUGUUGCUGAGUGAACUGUUAUUUAUUUCUUCAGAGGUGAAAGAGCAGAAGAAUGCAAGCUACCAUAAACAGUCCGAUUUGUUUGAGUGUUCAGUUUAUACUUACGAGAUACUGGAUGCACUGUGUAUAGCUAUGGCAGAACUUCCCAAUCUGCUCAACUUGCUGGACAUAUCCGAGGCCUUGCUGUGUGUAGAGAAUGGUUGCAGGCUCAUUUGCCAGCUUGUCGCCAACAACCCUGAAAUGUUUCUUGAAGUUUGCAAUAGUCUGACCGCCCGAGGGGACAAGCUGGACGAGGAGUCCUUGUCGGGAAGGCGGAGAUUACAGCUGCUGAGAAUGCUAUGUCUUAUGGACCCGAAAACUGCUCUCACCGUUAGAAAUUAUUGUGUGGAGUACUGCACCAUGCCAGGUUUUGCUGUCGUAGCAUCCAUCCAGCAAACACAGAUGACGACAGCAGACAAUGUAGAUGAAAGCUGUAGUGACAUCAUUCCAUUCUUCACGGGUCUUCUACUGGGGACUGAUGUUGGCAUUCGAAACUGGAUAUCUGCCUUCGUAAAAGCAGGUCAAAAGCGAAGGCCAGAUGAUGAGUCAUGCAUGCUGAACUUACUACGAAGGCACCUGCUAGAUCAGCUGACACUUUUGACCCCGGCCAAAGGUCAGGUCAUGGAAGAGUCCAAGAUUGUGGCUGCCAGCUCCUUAAUCCGCCUGUACAACGCCCUGAAAGGGAUCGCCACAAUGAAGUACAGCGAGGAUGAAAUGAGCAGUCUCCUCAAGCUGGUCAUAUCUCGUCCUUCUCCGUCAAGAGCAGGGGCACAUUUCAUCACCCUGGGCAUAUGUACCCUGAUGGCCAGCCCUGGACUUUUGAGGUCGGUAGAAGAGGAGCAGCAGGCUGUGAACUGGCUGAGGUGGCUGAUGACAUCAGAAGACAACUUUGAGAGGUAUUCUGAGAAAACAAACAGCCCUGGAGAGAUGCUGUUUCUGUUGGCUUUGAAUUUUCAUAACAACCAGAUGGUGGCUAUAACUGACUUGAUAUGCAACACUUUAGGCAUGAAGAUUACAGUGAAGACAAGUGCUUUGGUUAAAAUCAGACAGAUUUUCACAAUGGAGCUUUUUACAGAGCAGGUGGUUGCUGCCCAUGCAGUGAAAAUUCCAGUCACUCCCAACUUGGAUGCAAAAUCAACAGGUUACCUCCCAGUUCACAGCAUUCUUCAGUUAUUGAAAAACAGAAUCUUCUCAAAGCACAAAAUUUCCAUAAAGAAAUGGGUGUACCGACAGAUCUGCAGCAGCUGUUUCCCCUUGCAUCCUCUUCUGCCCCAACUCAUCGAGUCUUACGUCCAUUCCGUCAUUCCCAAGAGCCCAAAACCAGAGCAUACCAACGAGCCGAUUUCUGAAGAUGACAUUCUUGCAGUUUUUGAUGCCAAGAAGAAGAACAGUAACCCUAGGAACCGGCAGAGAGAGUCGCCCCCUGGUGGUGUGUCAGCAGACGUGCCAGAUAGACAACUCUGUCCACAGUUGCUGAUGCUGUAUUAUCUCCUUUUGUUUGAAGAUCUGUAUCAGAUGCAUAAAAAGAUGAUUGAUGUCACGAAGCUGGCUCUGUACAACGACACAGUGAUGUCACAGAUUCCCAUCAGUCAUUUAGUACAAGAGGCACUCAAACAUCACAACAACUGCCAGAAUCUCUUCCCUCCCAUGAUCAGACUGUUAAAUACUCACUUCCCACACCUAUGCCUGGUGGAGGACUGGUUGGAUGCACACGUAGGCCUCAUGUCCACAGAAAAUCAGAUUUUCAAGAGGAAAUCGGUUUCUUUCAAACCGGAGUUCAUUCACGAAGCUUUCUCAGAAGCACAGACACAUCCAAGCCGGGCAAUCAAACUUCUGGAACAGCUGCUGUCUAUAAAUGACACAGAUAUCUUGAAAGAAUGUCAGGACACGGUGGUGGCCAGUAUUCCCAGACUGCUGGAGGAAGGAACCCCUAGGCGUCUGCUGGACCUCAUGAAGAAAGUUUGGUUCAAACUUCAUGGUUUUACGCCGAGAAAAUGUCCUCCAAUAUUAGAAAUUGUUCUGAGGAUAUUGUCAGCCUACACACAGGCAUGCCGAGUCUACCUCAGCUCCCAUGUCAUGGACGCAGCUGUCACAGAAAAGGAGAAGGAUCGGCAGGAGCUUAAGAUAGCCCUGUUAGCAGCCCAGGAAAGUGCAGUUGUUCAGAUCUUGCUCGAGGUCUGUUUACCUUUGGAAAGUGAAAAGGAGCAAGCAAGCAGUGAGCUGUAUAACCUUCGAGAAGUUCGCUGUUUAGUCUUCUCCUACAUUCACCAGGUGUUUAUUGCAGAUCCAAACCUCGCCAAGCUGGUUCACUUCCAGGGCUACCCUAGCAUGUUGAUACCCUUCGUUGUAUCUGGCGUUCCGUCCAUGCAUAUCUGCUUGGACUUUAUUCCAGAACUUCUUGGGCAGCCGCAGCGGAAUAAACAGGUUUUCGGAAUACAACUUUUGUCUCACUUGUGUCAACAGUACCAGCUUCCCAAGUCCAUGAAUAUUGCCAAGCUGGGCAUAGAUGUUAUGUUCACUUUAUUAUCAGUAUUGGAGAAAAGCGAGUGGGUGGCCUUCUUCCAGCAGACAGUGCCUUGCUUGCUGCCCAUCUCUCAAGCCUUCCCUCCGCUCUGUGAUGACGCUGCAGUACUACUGAUGCAGCUGGGCAGAGUCUGCUACUCACAGAUCACCGUAGCAGGGAAUGCCUCUAAAACAGACAAAGACAAGAGCCUGGCUCCAGUGUCCAUGUCGCUGUGUGGAGACUAUGACAGCCUGUACCAGACGGUGAAGUUAACGUUCUCACAGAUUUGUGGCCAUGCCUUGGUCAUGGGCAAGUUAUACUGA